AUGGGGACAACCCUGGGUCCGAGUUUUUGGAUCCCAUCCCUUCUCCCAAGGGUACAUGACGACCCUUGGUCUUACCGACCAGAGGAGGACGAGGAAACCAUUCUGGCAUUGGAAGAGAACAACUGGGACAAGAAGAUCUCCGCCUUGAAGCAAGUGAACUCGAAAGGGCAACCCAUGGGUAAUGUUCUAAUCGAGCAAGUCGAGGAAGAUCCUGAGAUGGAAGAGAGCGUUUCUGAAGAAUUCGCAGAGGCCAACACGAGUACCCCUUGA